AUGUAUCCGGCGAUGAUACCACAGGAGCGACGAGAACGGAUAGAGAAAUCCAACUUUGGGAGGGCCAAGAACAAAGUACACACCGAAGAUGUGAGAAGUGUGCAGAGGACAGAGCCGCCUCUGUCGGCAGUAGGUUUCCAGGCAGAAGAACAGAGUGUUAAGGUCCGGCCUCCGGUUGCCAUACGGCUGGAACUGGGGGAGAAGUUCAUCAAACUUCCGGAGGAGAUCGAGGAAGCAUUGCCGCCCUCAGAACCCAUAGGACUGAACGAGACAAUGGAGAAGAUAUCGCAGCAGCUGGCAUCGGACAUCAUCCAAAAGAUACCCAACCACCAAAACCUUCACAACGGAAGCUAUACGAUCAUGCCUGAAGCGGAGAGAGGAAAUGCCAACUGGUUGUGGUUUCAGACGCUGGACCUUUCGUGCCUGUUCUCUGUCAUACUGGUGAAGAAGGUUGAGAGGAAGGCGUGGGAGACAGCAGUUGCUAAUAUACCGCUAUGCCAAUGCUACCAUUUAAGAUCGGGCGGGAAGGUUGAAAAGAGUUGCAAUGCACUGUCUCGCCAGCAAACAGAAGUGGAUCGUCGAGCCAAUCCGGCAUCGGAUUGGUCCGGCCUGAUGUGCUAG